AUGGAUUUCGAAAUGGAAUCUCCUCCAGAGCUUGUCGAAGACGCUGCUUCGAUCAGCUCUGGAACAACGCGGUUGGCAUCUGAUAGUGUCGCAGCUCAAAUGUCGGACCUGUCCCUCUCGAAGGUGCCUCUGACAAUCAUUACUGGCUACCUUGGAUCUGGCAAGACCACCCUUGUGAAUCAUAUCCUGCAAGCCGAACACGGCAAGAAAAUAGCCGUGAUACUGAAUGAAUUUGGCGACACAACAACCAUUGAACGGCGCGCCAUAAAUGUCAAAAACCCCUCCUCUACUUCCACAGACCAACCACUCGCCAUCGACUUCCUCGAGCUCGGCAAUGGCUGCAUCUGCUGCAGUGUCAAAGAUACCGGUGUUGCAGCUAUCGAGGCCCUCCUCGCCAAACACUCCUCCACACCCGGCGAGAAGCCCUUCGACUACAUCGUACUCGAGACAAGCGGACUCGCAGACCCAGGCGGCAUAAUUCCCCUCUUCUGGCUCGAUGACGCCCUGGGCUCUUCUCUCUACCUCGACGGCGUAAUUUGUGUCGUAGACGCAGGAAACCUAUCACGGAACCUCGAUCAGCCCAAUCCCGACCAUCUAGCCACUGCCCAGCGCCCCACCAGUUCCGACAACCCAAAAGACAGCGAGAAAGAUGACGCAAAGCACGAAACAGUAGCGCACCUCCAACUCUCCACCGCGGACGCGAUCCUCCUCAACAAGAUCGACACCCUCUCCUCCCCCUCCGUCGACAUCGAAGCAAUCGAAUCCCGCAUCCGCUCCAUCAACGCCCUCGCCCCCCUUACCCACACGACCUUCUCCGUCCCUCCAAACCUCGAAGGCGCCCUCCUCAACCUCCACGCUUACGACAAAAUCUCUUCCCUCCCCACCAACCCGGCGGCAGGCAAGCACGCACACCUCGACCCCACCAUCUCCACCAUCACCCUCCCGCUGCCCGUGCUCAGCAAAACAGGAAUCGAGAGAUUAGAGGAUUGGCUGCGCUGCAUCCUCUGGGCGAACGUGCUACCGCCGCCGUUCGCGACCGAUGAGGAUGAGGAUGGUGAGCCAGUAAAAGGGGACUUCGAAGUACACAGAACGAAGGGGCUUGCAGGGCUGAAAGCGGGAGGGGAAGUAAUGAUUCAAGGCGUACGUGAAGUUUUUGAGAUCGUCAUAUUGGAAAGGGAUGCGAGCAAAGAUGGGGAGGGUAAGAUCGUUUUCAUCGGACGAGGCUUGAAGCUCGAGGAAUGGAGACUCAGUGUUAAUUACGCUUUGGGCGUGUAG